AUGGCACAAUUAUUUGUAAUAAAAUGGAUUGUGAUGCUAUUCUUCAUACGAUCUACAUUUGCACAACAGUGCGAUCAACCUUUGACAACAGCACGGUUUGAUUGUUAUCCUGAACCUUUUGUAUCACAAGAAAAAUGUCUGGCUCGUAAUUGUUGUUGGAAACCGAUGAAUCAGUUGUCCGAAAUGCUCUCGACCAAUGCUCUUGAAAUGGACGUGCCUUCGUGUUAUUAUCCACGAGACUUUCCAACCUAUCAAAUAAAGACUAAUGAAUCAACUGCUUUUGGUCAACGGUUAAUAAUUGUUAAACAAAACUCGACCUAUAUGCCGAACGAAAUUUUGAGUUUAACAGUUGAUCUUUUCUACGAAACAGCACAACGAUUUCGUCUACGAAUUUAUGAUUCAACGAAGAAACGCUUCGAAGUACCACUUGAAGUACCUGUCGUCAAAACAAAAGUGAAUGUCACUGAUUACGAAGUUUCACUUAGUCAAGCACCAUUUGCCAUUCUUGUUAAACGAAAAUCGACUGGUGUAACAAUUCCAUAUCUCUAUGGUCUUGGUGAACAUCAGCAACCAUUGUUGAUCAAUGUCACAAAUCAAUGGAAUAAACUAACAUUUUGGACUCGUGAUACUCCUCCAGUUCAGGACGUCAAUCUGUACGGUGUUCACCCAUUUCACAUCAAUGUGGAAAUGAAAACCAAUAUGUUGACUAAUUUCCAUGGACAAUUUUUUCUCAAUUCGAAUGCGAUGGAUAUCGAUCUUCAACCAUUACCCGCCAUUAGUUAUACAACGAUUGGAGGCAUCAUUGAUUUGUACUUGUUUACUGGACCUACAACACAAGACGUCAUACAACAAUAUUGGGAUGUGAUCGGAAAACCGACAAUGCCACCCUAUUGGUCUCUUGGUUUUCAUUUGUGUCGUUAUGGUUAUAAUAAUAUCGAUAAUUUACGAGCCGUUAUUCAACGAAUGCAUGAUGCCGAAUUUCCAUAUGAUGUUCAAUGGACUGAUAUUGAUGCAAUGUCCUCUCAUCUUGAUUUUACCUAUGAUCAAAAGAACUUCAAUGGUCUACCAGAUCUUGUUCAUUCUUUACAGUCUGAAGGUAAACAUUAUGUCAAUAUCAUUGAUUGCGGUAUCAGUUCAACACAACCAUCUGGAACCUAUCCACCAUAUGAUGAGGGUUUGAAAAGAGCAAUUUUCAUGACUAAAUUCAAUUCAACUGAACCAAUUACUGGAGAAGUUUGGCCAGGAUUAACAGUCUUUCCAGACUUUACAAAUGCGAGCACUAUUGAAUGGUGGACAAACAUUGCUGCUACAUUUCAUGAUACGAUUCCGUUCGAUGGUAUUUGGAUUGAUAUGAAUGAACCAUCAAAUUUUAUCGACGGUUCUCAUGAUGGUUGUACGAAUAAUUCAUUAGAUAAUCCUCCAUUUAUUCCACAUGUACUUGGUACAACACUCAGUGCAAAAACACUCUGUCCAUCGGCACAGCAUGCACUUUCUUCCCACUAUAAUUUGCACAAUAUGUAUGGCUAUUUCGAAGCAAAAGCAACAAAUCUUGCACUAAAAGAAAUUCGUCGUAAACGAUCUUUUGUUUUGUCUCGUUCGUCCUUUGCUGGCUCAGGUCAAUAUACCGCUCAUUGGACGGGUGAUAAUAGCGCAACAUAUAAAGAUAUGUAUUUUUCAAUUUCGGGUGUAUUUUUCAAUGACAACAAAACACUAGGUAUUGAUCGACAAUUCCUCAUCGGUCGUGCUAUUCUCGUCUCACCAAAUCUUGUUUCAGAAGCAACUACAGUGAAUGUUUAUAUUCCAGAAGAUGUUUGGUAUCAAUUUUCGUCGGGUGUCAAAGUUAAAGUUGUCGGUGUAUUUACUGAUCUUGAUGCUCCUUUAGAAAAGAUUAAUGUUCAUGUUCGAGGUGGUUUUAUUAUACCUAUGCAAAUGCCUGGAGCUAAUCUGAUGGUCAGUCGUGGAAAUCCAUUUACUCUACUUGUUGCUCAAUCAGCCUUGGGAAAUGCAAGUGGAAAUUUAUUUUGGGAUGAUGGUGACUCCAUUGAAUUUGGUCUUCGAGAGCAGAGAGUAGCAUCAACAACAGUAUCUUCUAUAUGUGAACCAAUUAAUUGGAGAUCAAUUCGAUUGGAUCCACCUGCUGAGACUUCAGUUACUUCUGUGCUUGCGCCAGAUUUCGAACAAGCCACAAUAGUAUUAGAUAACGAACAAUACUCUCAAUAUGCAAUUGCUCCAGCUACUCCUCCACCACCAUCCUAUUAUAAAGUUAUUGACUCAUUUUCAAAAGCAACCUUUAGCAAUUGUCCAAAUUGUAAUAAUCAAAAAAGUAUAUUUAAUGCACAAUAUUGUACACAAUGUGGAUACGGUUAUUUGUGA